CCUGGCUCCUCCUCUGAUAUUGAGAUGACACUUUUUAUAGAGCUACAGCUUCUACACUGCCAUUAUUCCUCUGUGGGAUUCACGACUGGGAGGCGACAAACCAGCAGGCCACCAUGAGCCAAGUGACAAUCAAGGAUGUCGAAGUCCUCAACUGUGAAUACGGCAAGAACACAAUUAAGUUCCUUCGCCUUCAUAAAGAAGGAAAGAAGCACUUCGUUAAGGAAGUGGAAGUGUGCACGCAUCUCCGGCUGAUUUCUGCUCAGGAGUACCUGGAGGGAAACAACUCUCUUGUGAUACCUACCGACACCAUGAAGAAUAUUGUCCUUGUGUUGGCCAAAAAAAAUGGGAUCCCAACUAUAGAACAAUUUGCUAUAGACAUCUGCAAACACUUUAUGACAACAUUUGGCCAAGUGGCGUACGUCAAAACCUACGUUCAAGAAGUCCCGUGGCAACGUCUACACGAGAAUGGCAUUCCCCACAUCCACUCCUUUAUAUGUGUUCCUGAUGGGAUUCGCUUUUGUGAAGCCGAGCAGUGCCGAAAUGGUCCUCUGGUUGUUUUUGCUGGCAUUAAAGAUCUGAAACUCAUGAAGACAACACAGUCUGGAUUCGAAGGCUUCUAUAAGAACGAACACACCACGCUUCCUGAAAGACACGACAGGAUUUUAUGCGGAGAGCUCUUCUGCAAAUGGUCUUACGGCGAAUGCAGAGAUUUUGACUUUGAUUGCAUAUGGAACAAAAUCCGUGAAUGUAUCCUUGAAGCCUUUUCUGGGCCACCCGACUGUGGGGAGUAUUCACCCUCUUAUCAGAAGACUGUCAACUCUAUCCAGAUGAACGUCCUUUCCAAAGUGUCCCAGGUACAGGUCAUUGAAGCCAUCUUGAACAACACCUUUUAUAAUGUCGUAGACAUGAAGAAUCUAGGUGUGACCAAUGACAAAGAAGUUCUGGUUCCAGUGGAAACUCCCUAUGGCUCCUGUGCUUGCACACUUGGCAGGAAGAAGUUCUUAGAAGCACAAAGCCACAUGCUAAAGGAGGAAAGGCAAAGCCAGUGUGGGCCAGCAGCUGCUCAGGGAAACUAAACCUGUUGGCUACACUUGCACCUUCCUGAUAAACUUAACACUAUGGCUUUCCUAUCAAUGUAUACUGCUUAUUAGCCUCUUCUAUUGCUGACUACUUUUCCCUCUAUGAACUCCUGAGGUUGGGAUUUCUGAAGGACCCUCGGGAAUUCAGAAAUCACAGGCCGUCCCUGAAUCUCAGUGUGAUUUGCAGACUGAAAUCCCUUAUGCUUUUUUGAAAAUCCCAGCUGGAAACAUUGUAGUUAAUUUAAACCAGCUAUUCCCAGACGUCUUAACAAAACAAUGAACUCCAUAGUGUCUGUAACACGCUUUAGCCACGUAAAAUCAUCAACUCUGUAUAUUCUAUUUAUUAAUGUUCCUUCAGAAAAAUGAAUAUACAGGCACGAGACCAGAUGCUUCAUUGACACAACCUGUCAUGACCCCUUAAUGCAACACUGAUCUACAGAGCUGAGGUUCUGACCCAGGAACUAAGCAGGGAAUCAAUCAGACACUGAUUUCUUUGGGAAGGAAAUUCGAUCUCCUUUGUGGUGUGAAAAUUUACAGCUGCUGACUAAUUUCUCUGCCUGUAUUCUGACUGCAUGGCUGCUGCUACUCGUCAGACUACACAGUUACUAUAUAAUUACUUUCAUAUUAAUCACUGAGGUGUUUGAGGUUUGGGGCUAUCUCUGUUAAUUUAAUGAAAUAGGGUUUUUUCAGUCUAAUACUCUCAUCACAACUUCUGGGCAGGCAGGAGUCAUCCUAAGUAACCCUAUGAGUUUUGGGAGGGGCAGGGAGAAAGCAAAGCAGACAAACAAGGCAUAUCUUACUUUAGGGACCCAAGGCAAGAGCUUUGAACCUAGAGAUAAAACUAUACAGCCAACAAUUCUCAUUGCUCAAACUGCGGUUACCACAUUUGCAACACAAGUGCUGCUCAACUUCACAACUUCUAACCACUGCUCUCAGUUUCUCCGGGCGUUGUUUUCACAGACUCCAUGUGACAGAGCGCAAAUCCAAAGGGAAGUGCCCAGAGGUACUUCCAAAAACUGUGAUUUGGUUGCCUUUGUGCCUUCCCAAUUUAGGCAGACCUGCAGCAUUCCUCUGGGUACAAUCAUUACAUUCAUAAGCACUGAAACGGAGGAACAUAUCCUGCACUGUCUGAUAUUUUUAGGUGUUUGGCUAGAAUAGGAACCUGCCUUGGAGAGUAGGAUGUAACAGAUGCGAAAGGAAGACGCUGUGCACAAGCCUGAGAUACCUCCUGGAACACAACAGGACAAAUGAUACCGCAGGGUCGAUCUGUUCCAGAUAUGCUGUUUUCUGGUCACUACCCAAUUCUGAAAGUCUUACUUGCAACACUUUUAGCUUUUGCCAGCGUUAUUCUCUCUUACCUCAUUAAAUUGUGUUGUAUUGUAGUUGUGGGCUGACAUCUUGCUAUUUCUGCUAUUUUUAGGUGCUUGUAAUUUAUUAAUGUAUCUUUUAAGGGUAAAUAAAGAGCAACAUCAAAAACCAAA